AUGUAUCUCGGGAGAAGGAGCCGUGGUUUGCUCAGCCCUCCAGACCUAUUGUUCAAACAAGGUUACGCGUCAGUCCCGGGAAAUAAAUCUCCGCCAUCCCACGCUUCCCUCGCACUCCAAAGGAAUAAUGCGAAAUCGCCGCCGCCUCGGAACACGGAAUAUACAUCAAUACCUACCUACAUUCGUACUCGUUCAACACGUCCGUCCCCCCAAAGCGGGCAAUUCCAUGCGAGCCACAAAACACGUGCCCGCCGGCAAUAAACCGCCCCUGUCAUGUUCCGCUAACAUUAGUUUCACCAGCUUCGCCACAACCUCAUCGCACAUAUUCUCCAAUCAGCUUCAAUCUUGGCAAAGCUUCAGCCACAACUCAUCCGUCAUGAUUCCCUCGAUGAAUUAUGACGUUUAUCACUUUUAGGCCUCCCGUCUCUCGGUGAAUCUGAAAUCGCC